CCGAUGGUUGUGAAAAAUUUUAUUUUUCAAACUAGGCUCUGCUAUUCCUAAAUGGGUCGUUAUUUUGGCUGAGACAUCAUCUCCGAGCUGACAGCAUCAGCUGAGAGUAUGUGAAAGACAAGGGCAAGUAAUGCAGACCGACUAAUGAGAAUACAAAAAGUUCUAAAAUGGCCGCCCCGACUAGUUGUGUUGAGCUUCUCGGGUCUUUAUUCCCAGAUAUUGACCCUCAAAUAUCGAAUUAUGUCACCGGAAUUAUUGAAGAUUCUGCUGAUGAUUUUGAUACAGCUGAUGAUAUAUAUGAAGCAAUUGGUGCUUUGUUGCUAGAUUCAGCAACCGGCAAAACAGAGGAUGAUGUUUUUGAUAUAUGUGAAAAAUUUCAUGGUAUUGUCAAAAGUUCACAAUCAUCAGAUACCAUGGAACAUAAAGUUUUAAAUUCUCCUAUUCAGAUUGGGUCUUUGAGUCUCAAUACACGUGCUCAAACUGUAGAACCUCAAAGUAUCUGGUUAACAAAAAAGGAGAACGUUUCUCAAGUUGACCAGAAAAAGUUAGAAAAGGCUGAAGCAAAACUUCAGAAGAAAAAUGAAAAAAGAGCAUCUCAAACAACAACUGUUAAAAAAGUAACGAAUGGCAAUUGUGAAUUAGCAUCAGCAUCUCAACAGUUAAAUAGACGAGAUACAAAGAUGGAUGCAGCAGGUAGCAACAAAUCGUAUGAUAUUCGAAUUGAAAAUUUUGAUGUGUCUUAUGGAGAAAAGAGCCUCUUGGUUGAUGCUUCCAUUCAUUUAAUAUACGGUCGUCGAUAUGGUUUUGUUGGGCGUAAUGGAUUGGGCAAGACAACUGUGUUACAAAUGAUAUCUAGCGGUCAACUGAAGAUCCCAUCUCACAUCACAAUUUUACAUGUUGAACAAGAAGUUGUGGGUGAUGAAACGUUAGCAUUACAGAGUGUGUUAGAAUCAGACCAAAGACGGGAGAACUUGUUAAGAGAAGAAAGGGAUAUUAACACACAACUACAGGAUAAGGAAGGGAAUGACAGCACCGAUGGUCUUUCAGCUCGACUAAGUGAAAUUUAUCACCAGUUAGAAGCAAUUGAUGCAGACAAAGCACCAGCAAAAGCUGCUGUUAUUUUAGCUGGUUUAGGAUUCACACCAAAGAUGCAGGGAAUGCACACAAGAGAAUUCUCUGGUGGUUGGCGAAUGAGAUUAGCUCUUGCUAGAGCUCUGUUCUCAAAGCCUGAUUUAUUGUUGCUUGACGAACCUACAAACAUGUUGGAUAUGAAAGCUAUCAUUUGGCUGGAAGAUUAUUUGCAGACGUGGACGUCAACAAUUCUAGUUGUAUCUCACGACAGACAGUUCUUAAAUGCAGUUGCCACAGACAUCUUAUAUUUACACAGUGGUCGUAUCGACACCUACAAAGGAAAUUAUGAAACAUUUAUGAAGAGUCGCGAAGACAGAUUAAAAAAUCAACAAAAAGAAUAUGAAGCACAACAACAAUACAGAGAACAUAUUCAGGUGUUCAUUGACCGAUUUCGUUAUAAUGCUAAUCGUGCUUCACAAGUACAAAGUAAACUUAAACUGCUUGAGAAACUCCCUGAACUGAAACCUGUUGCCAAAGAAAGUGAGGUUAUACUCAAAUUUCCUGAAUGUAAUAAAUUAUCACCUCCAAUUUUACAACUGGAUGAAGUUACAUUUUAUUAUAGUGAAGAUCAAGUAAUAUUUCACAAUAUCUGUGUUAGUGCCUCUAUGGAAUCCCGUAUUUGUAUUGUUGGUGAAAACGGUGCUGGUAAAACUACACUUCUAAAGAUUUUACUUGGCGAAUUAAACCCUGUGAAAGGUUUACGAAAUGCUCAUAGAAAUUUGAAAAUUGGCUAUUUCAGCCAACAUCAUGUGGACCAGCUUGAAAUGGAUAUAUCAUCCAUAGAACUAUUGGCAUUGCGAUACACAGGUAAACCAAUUGAAAUGUAUCGAUCAAUUCUUGGAUCAUUCGGAGUCACAGGGGAACUGGCAACACGUUCUGUAGCAUCUCUAUCAGGAGGACAGAAAAGUAGAGUUGCUUUUGCUGCUAUGAGUGUUCUUUGCCCCAACUUCUUCAUUCUUGAUGAACCUACAAAUCACCUUGAUGUAGAAACAAUAGAAGCUUUAGGAAAAGCUCUUCAAAAAUUUCAAGGUGGUGUCAUUUUAGUAUCUCACGACGAAAGACUUAUUCGAGUUAUUUGCAAUGAACUAUGGGUAGUUCAAGGGGGAACUGUGAGAAGUUUGGAAGGUGGCUUCGAUGAGUACAAACAGAUUGUUGAGCAAGAACUUCAAGCUACUCUAUGACAACAGUCUCUUACCUCAUAAAUUAGUUAUCUGGGAAAAUUAGGAUUCUUUGUAUAUCUAUUUUCCUGAUUUUCAAUAAAAUUACGUCUAAAUGCA